AUGUUGGUUUUGUUCAAUAUAGCUGUCGGUUUUGUGAAACAUCCCAUUGCAUAUUGUUCAUACAAGAAGCGAUAUGUGAUACCGUCAGUUCUGAACGACCCGGAGUUGGGGACGCACGGCUAUGUUCAGUUGGAGGAGGUAAAGAUCCAUUAUGUUGCCCAUGGUGACGAAAGCAAGCCGUUGAUGCUGUUUGUGCAUGGGUUUCCAGAGUUCUGGUACUCAUGGCGAUACCAGCUGCGCGAGUUCAAAAAAGAUUACAGGGUUGUGGCCAUUGAUACGAGAGGCUAUGGUGACUCCGACAAGCCUUCCGGUGUUGCCAAUUACCAGGUGUCCAAGGUGGUGGAGGAUCUGAAACAACUCAUCCCUGCUCUAGGCUACAGAUCCUGUGUGCUGGUAGCCCAUGACUUUGGAGGCGCCAUUGCCUGGGCAUUGACUGCCUUACACCCAGACCUGGUCGACAAACUCAUCGUAAUGAACUGUCCGCAUCCAGGUAUAUUUCGUAGCUACAUGGAGAAGAGUUUGGCGCAGUUAAAGAAGUCUUGGUACAUUUUCUUCUUCCAAAUUCCAUUUGUCCCCGAGCUGAUGAUGCGAGUGAACGACAUGAAAGCUCUGGAAAAAAUGUUCACGGGGCGUCAGGGUGGUCUUACCUCAGACAACUGUAGCGCUGACGAUAUUGAAGCAUACAAAUAUGUUUUCUCUAAACCAGGUGCUGCAACAUGUGCCAUCAAUUACUAUCGAGCUACAACACGGUACCCUGCAAAAAAGAUCCCGAGGAUCUCCUGCCCGGUGCUGACCAUCUGGGGCUGCAAGGACGUGGCCUUGGAGUCCUCCCUUGCAGCUGCUGCUAAUGCUUUUGUAGACAACCAUACAGUCAAAUACAUAGACGAGGCUAGUCACUGGGUCAUGAUAGACACCCCGGAAGAGGUUAAUAAACACAUAACAGAUUUUCUGAAAUAA